UGGCUGACGGCUCUCUGCUCCCCAGGCAACCUCUACUCCAGGCUGGUCCGUCUGGAGGGGGACCACGUUGCCGUGCAGAUCCAAGACACGCCGGGGUGCAUCCAGGUGCAGGAAGACUGCGUGCAGGUGCUGGACUCCCUCUCCAGGUGCGUGAAGUGGGCAGAGGGUUUCCUCCUGGUUUACUCCAUCACGGACUACAGCAGCUACCAGUCAGUCCGACCUCUCUACCAGUACAUCCGCAAGGUCCACCCAGAUGCCAGGACUCCCAUCAUUAUCGUGGGGAACAAAGCAGACCUCCUCCACGCCAGGCAGGUACAGGCGAAAGAGGGACUACAGCUGGCAAACGAACUGGGCAGCCUGUUCUUGGAAAUCUCCACGAGUGACGACUCCCAAGGCGUCUGUGAUGUUUUCCAGUAUCUUUGCAAAGAGGUCAGCAAACUACAGCACGCCGGCAGCACGGACAGGAGGCGGUCAUCCAUCAUCCCUCGGCCCAAAUCUCCCAACAUGCAAGAUCUAAAGAGACGUUUCAAACAGGCUUUGUCUUCCAAAGUCAAAUAA